AUGUACGCCAAGACUCUUGCCCUCUUCUCGGUUAUGGCCGCCACCGGUCUCGCCGCCCCCGCCCCCAUGUCGCCUCGCAACGAUGUCCAGUACCAGGCCACCUGGUACGAUGUCGGCGCCAACGCCUGUGAGGGUACCAACGACAACCCCAGCGACUACCUCGUCGCCAUGAACGUCGCGCAGUUCGACGGCUCGUGCGCCAAGUGGAACGGCAAGACCGCCACUGCCCAGGUCGUCGACGAGUGCCCCUCGUGCGCCUACGGCUCGCUCGACAUGUCCAAGACCCUCUUCCAGGCCCUUGCGUCGGGUGGCCUCGACCAGGGUGUCUUCCAGAUCAGCUGGUCGUACACUGACGGCUCGGGCUCGGGUUCCGGCUCGGGUUCUGCCUCCUCGGCCGCCGCCGACUCGUCUGCCACCGACGCCGCCGCCGCCGUCGACUCGUCUACCGAGACCGCCGCUGCCGCCGCUGAGACGCCCGCCGGCUCGUCGUCGUCGUCGUCGUCGAACUCGAACUCGAACUCCGGCCACCACGGCCACCACCACGGCUGGAACUAA